AUGUCCUCGCUAUGGACGGCCAUCACUUCAUCACUGAACCCUCUGGAAAAGGCACGAUCACUCCCCACGGAUGGGUUCAAGAAUAUUGAGACCAGUCAAUUGGUAGAAGAGGAGGAGCUGCCCGACUACCGAGCUGAUAGAUUCUACCCUGUUCGACUGGGCGGGAUUUUCCAGAAACGAUAUCAAAUCGUUGCUAAACUUGGUUUUGGUACUUCAUCGACAACCUGGCUUGCUCGGGACCUGAAAGAGCGCAAGUAUGUCGCUUUGAAGGUGUAUGUACAUACCUCGUUGGUUCACCGUGAACUCCCAUGCUACGGCCACAUCAGUCGCCGUAUUGCGGAUAGUUCGCAUCGCGGCCGCGGUAAUAUCCGGUGGCUGCUUGACUCCUUUGAUGUAGUAGGUGAGCAUGGUAAAUAUGCUGUACUUGUCUUCGAGGCGGCGCAAAUGAGCCUGCGUGAUAUGAAGCUAGUGUUCUGGCCAGAUGGGUUCGAUGAAGACUUUGUCCGGGGGGCCAUUACGGAGCUCCUUCGAGAGUUGGACUUCUUGCAUAGCCAUGGAGAGGUUGUCCAUACCGACGUACACCCAGGCAAUAUGCUACUAGGUGUUUAUGAUAACAACCUUCUGCAAAAGCUUGAAGAAAGGGAGUUCACAUCUCCAGUACCUCGCAAGGUGGUUUCGGCUACUCGAACAAUCUAUCUCUCACGCCUGAUGCGCCCCAGGGAAGGUCCAAUGUUAUUAUCUGACUUCGGUGAGGCUAGGAUUGGUCCGGGGCCACACGGUGGCGAUAUAAUGCCCUUGGAAUAUCGUGCUCCAGAGACUUUGCUUUACAUAGGUUGGAGCUACCCUGUCGAUAUCUGGAGUGUUGGCCUGACAGCCUGGGACUUACUGGAACCAAAGAGGCUCUUCACAGCGCGUGAUGAGGAUGGCGAUCUAUACGACGCUGCUCACCUCGCCCAACUUAUUGCUGCAUUGGGCCCACCACCGCCUGAAUUUCUGGCUAGGAAUCCGGAGAGGAGAGCUGACUUUUGGGACGAACAAGGAAAUUGGCUGGGUCUUGCGCCUGUCCCGGACUUGCGGACAAUGGAAGCUCUUGAGACUCGCCUGCAAGACAAGUCAGGUUUUCUUCGUUUCAUUCGAAGAGCUCUGACCUGGAUGCCGGAAAAUAGAGCAACGGCUAAGGAGCUCCUACAAGAUCCUUGGCUGACAGGCGAGAGACCUUAG